AUGGGUUUUGAGCGGCUUUUCCUACGACAAACCUCAAGAAAAAUAUCAAAAGCCUCAAUAGUUCACGCACUUCUUUACUUAUUCCUCCUUUUCGCCAUGCUUAUCGAGUAUCAAUUUGAUCAUAUAAAAUUUACAUUUACAUUUCCCGAGUUUGCGAACAUAAUAGGGUAUGGAACUGGUACAGUUAAUUCAGACAUUAAUACUGAUUCUCAAAGCAUUCCUAUAUAUAAAGAAGUUGAUCCUAUUUUACCAAAAAAAUAUCCGAAAUUUACAAAAGCCAGAUUUGUUGCUGGCAAAUAUCCUGCCGGGUGGAUGCCUGGUGAUUGGGAUUAUGAUGCCACAAAAAUAUUAAUAAUCAAAAAUAUAACUUUUACAACAGAAGUAGCUUUUCUCAUACAUAACGGAUAUCAUCUUUUUAGUAGGUCAUGUCAUCCACGAUAUUGGGGUAUUGGUCAGCCUUAUCAUUGGUCUCCUUAUAAUUAUACGUGUUUUAAAACUGCAGUAUGCGUUGGCCAUCAGCAUACUCAUGAAUGGGGUCAUUGGUCCCUUGAAAUUAUGCCAUCAAUUGCAUGCAUGCCUCAAGAAAUUUUGAAAGAUGCAGUAUUUAUUGUUCCAGAAAUCAAACCUUUCAUAAUUGAUAAUCUCAGAGAAUUAGAUAUAGAACCCUGGAGAAUAUGGGGUGAAUAUAAUGGCAGAGUUCAUGCAGAAACCUUAAUAACAAUCAGAAAUAUCUGGUGCGGUGAUCUAAACAGACGUCUUAUCCUUAAUCUACGAAAUUACUUCAAGAAGAAAUUUUCGUUAGACAAUAUUGUACCUUUCAGAUAUAUAAUUGCAAAUAGAAGGCCAGAUCAGAAGCGAUACGUAGCAGAUAUACAUGAAUUAGUUGAUGCAUGCAAUAAAGAAUUCCCAAUGUUCCAUUUUGAGGCAUUUACUCCUGAUGAUUCCAAACCAUUUUUCGAGCAAGCUUUGUUUUUCAAUAGUUUCAAGUUUAUAUGGGGAGUUCAUGGAUCUCUCAUGGCUAAUAUCCUUUACAUGCAGCCAAAGACUGUUGUCGUUGAAAUACAAUGCGAAAACAACUGGCUGAACUCAUUUUUGAAUGUAGGACAAAUUGCUGGUUUAUGCCACUUUGCUGGUAGAGAUAACAUCAACUUUUACGAAAAAAAGAAUAAUACAAUCGAUCUUUCCUAUAAUUUGUAUGUAAUUGCUACAGCAUUUGUCGAAUCAAAUUAUAUAUUCAAAAAUCAGACAAGGCUUCUUCAACAAUAA